UGAUUUCAUGUUGAUUUCUAGCUCCACCUAAGGUCACCAGUGUUCCAACACCACCUAAGGUUUUCACCUCUGCUCCUACAACUCCAGCACCAACACUGAACCUUCAGACAGGUCCAACUAAUGUCACCAUGGGCCCAACAUCACCUAUGAUCUCUUCUACAAAGCCAGCAGGAGGGCCGCAGAAAUUCAAGACAGAAACCAUUUCAUCUUCUCCACUGCAGACAACAGAAACCCCACCUAUCACACCACAGGAAACAAGUACGACCAGCUCAUUGUUGAACUCUUCUUGUCCAACAGAUGGGAAUAGCACUGUGACCCAGCCUUCGGAUUGCGGUUGGCAAUACAAUGUAACUCACACGAGCUUGAAACAAAAUACACCGAGGAACACCAGUAAGUUGUACAUUGGACUCUGCAGUGCUGCCAUGAUAUUGCUCACCAUUUUGGCUGCCAUACUUACCAAAAAAUAUUUAUGUGGGAAAAGAAUGGUGUUGCAAAUAAGCAAAGAACCUCGGACCGGAACUUCCCAAAAUGGAACUGCAGUGCACUAUCAAGCACAGGAAAAUAUUUACUUUGAGAACAAUCUUUACAACAUGCCUUAAGACCCAGCGGUUCUCCAAGGCUUGAGGCCCUUGACUGCAGAAGGCAAUGACCAGAUCUCACCAUGUCAGUCCUUUUAAGCUCCAGGAUGAUUUUUCUGUCAAUAUUUCAUGGUGUUCCAACAUGUCUGUGAUGUUAGUGUCUUGACUGCAUAGUCAACCUCAUUGGUAAUUAGUCUUAAUUUUUUAUACUAAAAUUGGCCCAAUCUUUCUGGUCAUAGCAGAGCCCUCUCCUAAAUAUGAACUGAACACUUUAGAAUUGUAUAUUCUGUUUCAACCUUAUGAAUCCUGUAUACAUUAAGACUUCUCAUUGGGUUGACAAAUGAACCAAUACGUUGGUCACUAAAACUGUCACAAAGAGGGGAAUAGGACUUAAAAUCAGCAAAUUUAAUUUGGAACUUAAAUGAAUUCACUUGGAAGCAUUUUAUGAUUAACUCUUUUUUUUUUUUUAAAUCUUGUAAUCAAAACUUUGCAUUUCUUAAGUUCCCCCAAAGGUUUCAAAUUAUGGAGGCACACGGAUUUUUAUUUCCUUCAUGGGGAAUAAAGUCAGUGUGAUUUCACCAUUAGAUCUGUUUGUUCAUGGCUCUGAAAAUAUGAGGUUUUAAGUGCUUCCCUUGGGGCCAAGCUGGGGCUUUUAAGAGAAGAAGCUAGGAUGGUGAGUGGAGCAAGUAAAUAGGUGGAGAAAAUCAAUGGCCAUGUGAUUUAACACAUGUGUGCUACUUCUGCUACUUCUGUGCCACAUGUAGACAACCAUCAGGGAUUCUGAACUAACUUUUAGAAUGAUGCAGUACAGAGAUCAAUAAAAGGGCAAAAGAAAGGGAGAGGUUAGGGCAAAAGGCCUCUGCCUUAGAAAAGGAGGUGCAAAUCUAAAUCUGUUUGAGAGUGUUACUAGUUUCAACUGGAAUUCUAAAUUGUCACCAAACCACUUUGAUUAUUAAAAUUAUU